UCAGAUGUAUUUGUCCGUUACAGCCUCGGUCGGCCGGUCCUCUCUCUGCGUCUCCCCACGGGUCGGCAGUGUCGUUUCACUCUGACGCCCAUGUUGACCACAGUCGGCGACCUGCUGCGAGACAUCAAGGCGAAGGACCCCGGGGUGCACUUCGCCACGCUGCUAAACGGAGAUGGGCAGAGAAUCUCUUCAGCCACUUUCAUGGAAACGGUUUUAAAUAAAGAUUUUCAGCUGGUCAUCAACGACGUCACACACAGCGUUUCCUCGCUUGGACAAGAGUCGUCUCACGAGCACGUGCUGGGCGUGGACGAUAUGAAGUACGUGGUCCGCCUUCUGCACUCGGCUCUGAGUCUUCCUCAGCAGCAGCUCCUCAAACACAACCAGCUGCUGAUCAGACAGGAGCAGCUGAGAGAGCAGCUGCAGCCGCUCCAGCAGGCAAAAGUGAAGAUAGCGCAGGCGGCGGACAAACGAGCGUCCAUACUGGGGUGGGCGGGGCUUGCCUACCUGUCCCUGCAGGGAGGAUUCCUGGGUUACCUCACCUGGUAUGUGUUUGCGUGGGACGUCAUGGAACCAGUCACCUACUUCAUCUCCUGCACCACCAGCAUGAUCUUCUUCGCCUACUACAUCCUCACCAGACAGGAUUUCAUGUAUACGAAGGCAAGAGAUCGUCAGUUCCUUCACUUCUUCCACCAGAGAGCAUAUGGACAGAAAUUCGACGUUCAAAAAUACAACGAGCUCAAAGACGAGCUGGCCAAGGUGGAGAGUGAUCUGAGGAGUCUGAGGGGUGUGAUUCGGCAGGUGGAUCAGCCUCAGAGAGACACCUGAAAUUUGACUUUGUUCUGUUGUUGUGAAAUUAAAUGUCUUGUUUGCACAUUUUUGCACGUAUUGUUUCUAAAUAUGUUUUUUUUACCCAUGCUUCUGUCAGUUGUCUCAAUGAAAGACAGUAAAAUAUCAACUACAUUUUCUAAGUUCUUAUCCUGCGUCUCUGCAGCAUCUCUUGGUAUUUGUCAUGUACAAAAAUUAUUUUUUAAAAGUAUAUUAACACUUUAAAACCUGAACAAUCAGCUCAAUUUCUUCCAAAAGCAUGGAUUUUAAAUAUUUUUUAAUAUUCUAUCCUCUCUCUUUCUCUACUAUUUUUAAAAUGAAUUAAAUUUUGU